AUGACAGUCGCACAGGGUUACCACAACCUCAUCCCCGUGACGAACCUCUCGCCACCCGUCGACACAACGCAGCCCUACGACCCCUCCACCCUCGCCGGCAAGACCGUCCUCAUCACCGGCGGUGCCCUCGGCCUCGGCGCGGCUUUUGCGAGGGAGUGGGCCUCGCACGGGGCCAAUGUCAUUGUCGGUGACAUUAACCCGUCCGCGGGCGAGGCCCUCGUUGCCGAACUCCGCGCCGAGUAUGCAAAGCGAGGAGGAGCAGGAGGAAGGGAAGGAGGAGAAGGGAAAGGUGGAUCGCACCACUUUGUCACCUGCGACGUCACGUCCUGGGAGUCACAGGUCUCCUUCUUCAAAGAGGGUGCGCGACUCUCGCCCAACGGCGUCAUCGACGUCGUGGUAGCGAACGCGGGCGUCAACGAGCCCGGCGCAAAUGGACGCUUCGAGAUGCCCCUGGCCUCGAGUACGGACCCGGACGCGCCGCGGGAGCCGUCGACGAAGAUUAUUGACGUGAAUAUCACGGGGUUGUCGUACACGACGCACCUCGCCCUCUUCUGGCUGCCGCGGAACGGGAAUGGUGCCGGUGGCUCGUCCUCGCCCCGCGACAGGUGUCUGCUGUUGGUGGGCUCCGUUGCCGGCGUGGGUCAUUUCCCGGGCCAGGCGCCGUAUACCAUGUCCAAGCACGCCGUCACGGGGCUUUUCCGGGCGAUGCGCGGGACGGCGUAUAUGCGGCACCGGGUGCGGAUGAACAUGGUGUGCCCGUACUUUGUGAGCGGGAGCCAGAUGUUCCCGGGAGCGGCGGAGGCGGCGUUGCUUGGUGGCGGGGCGGGCGGGGCCCAGGGGAGGGAUGUUGUCGAUGCUGCGACGAGGCUUGUUGCUGAUGAGGGGGUUGUCGGAAGGGCUUUGCUUGUUGGGCCGGAGGUUGAUGCCUUGGGGUUGUUGGAGGAGGAUGGUGAGGACGGUGAGGUGAUGGUAGGUUGCGGUGUGGGAUGUGUAUGCGGAAGAUUAUAA